GAGAGACAGAAGCAGUGAUAGUAGUGAUAGUGGAGAACACAGAGCCACAGGCUUAACACUACACUACACACUUUUACAGAGUCUCUGUCUUAUAUCUGUGAGUUGUUUUAUUAUUAUUUUAUACUUUUAAUUUUUACUGUUUGGAGCGCCGCUCUCGCCUGUGGACAGCUAGCGCUAACUGUGAGCCGGCUAAUGUAGCGCUAGCGCUGCUAGCCUCCAGCCGGAGAGAUGGAACCUUGUGAUCAGCAUGAUUCUUGGCAUUGCCUUUCAACAGUUUCAAGUUAAAGCAUAACUGUGGAGAAUCAUCUUACAGUACAUAAAGUAAAACAGGCACCUCAACAUUCCAGAGGAAGUACACAUCUUCUCUAUUCCACUAUCCAGGUGCCUGAGACAAGAACAGGAGAAUAAAGGAAAGGAUGGCCCCUCUGUUUCUUUUUUUUUUAUCUUUCUGUGGACUGAUGCCUGUGGCAUUAUGUGUGCCGCCCAUUUGGACCCAACCUGAGCAGGUGCACAUAUCAUAUCCAGGUGUAAAGGGAUCAAUGGUGAUCACUUGGACAACCUUUGAUAAGACAGACAGCAUGGUGGAGUAUAAUCUGUGGGGUGGGAAGCUCUUUACUCAGUCUGCAAAAGGAAUUUCCACACUGUUUGUUGAUGGAGGGACAGAGAAGAGGAAACUGUACAUUCAUAGAGUCACCCUGUCAGAUCUGAGGCCUGGGUCUACAUACGUCUAUCACUGUGGCAGUGAGGAAGGCUGGAGUGAUCUUUUCUACUUUACUGCUCUAAACGAGAGUGCCAGCUUUAGCCCCAGAUUUGCUUUGUUUGGUGACAUGGGCAAUGAAAACCCUCAGUCACUCGCCCGACUGCAGAAAGAGACCCAGGCUGGGAUGUACGAUGCCAUCCUGCACAUAGGGGACUUUGCCUACGACAUGCAUGAGGACAAUGGAAGAAUUGGAGACGAGUUUAUGAAACAGAUCGAGUCCAUCGCUGCCUAUGUUCCCUAUAUGACCUGCCCCGGGAAUCAUGAGUGGGCCUAUAACUUCUCGCACUACAGGAACCGCUUCAGCAUGCCAGGCCAGACAGAGAGCCUUUGGUACAGCUGGAAUAUCGGGUCUGCUCACAUUAUCUCCUUCUCGACUGAGGUCUACUUCUACCUUGAGUAUGGAUUGGAUCUUCUCUUCGAACAAUACAAGUGGCUGCAGAGUGACCUGGAGGAGGCGAACAAACCAGAGAACCGAGCAAUACGGCCCUGGAUCAUCACUAUGGCACACCGACCCAUGUACUGCUCUGAUGAUGAUCAUGAUGACUGCACAAAGUUUGAGAGCUUUGUACGGCUUGGCCGGAACGACACGAAACCUCCAGCCCCUGGCCUGGAGGAUCUGUUUUAUCAGCAUGGUGUGGAUCUGGAGCUUUGGGCACAUGAGCAUACCUAUGAGAGGCUGUGGCCUGUGUACAACUACAAGGUGUAUAAUGGCAGUACUGAUGAGCCAUAUGUGAACCCCAAAGCACCUGUGCAUAUCAUCACUGGCUCAGCUGGCUGUCGAGAGAAGCAUGAUGGCUUUAUUCCCAAGCCUCGGGACUGGAGUGCCUUCAGGAGCACUGACUACGGAUACACGCGUAUGCACCUCAUCAACACUACACACAUCUACCUGGAGCAGGUGUCUGAUGAUCAGUCUGGCAAAGUAAUAGACAGCAUCACACUGAUAAAGGAUGUUCAUGGACCAGAGGCCUGGCGCUGAAGACCCUGCAGCUUUGGAAAGGUCACAGCAACCAAACCAAGCAAACACAUUUUCUCAGGAUGUUGCACUUUAAAAGCUUAUUAAGGGAGAACUGCACAUUUAACCUUUAUCAGAUGAACCAGUGAAUACUACAUUACUCUAUGAUGCAAGCAGGUUGAGGUAUUUGUGGAGCUUUAAUGAGAUCACAAGGUUUAAAGAAUGUAUCUUGAAAUCUCUUAAAUCUUUUAAAAUAGCAUUCAGCAGAUUCAGAAUACCGUAUUUUUCACAUUAUAAGACACACCGGUUUAGAAGGCGCACUAUUAAUAAACGUCUAUUUUCUGGUCUAUUUUUAUACAUAAGGCGUAUUAUGAGACAAUAGUAAGGAACAGGGGUGUUGCCAUGUUUAGUUUUCUAAUUCAGCAGGUCUCGCUGCUGGAUGGCAAGACCUGUAAAGCUAAGCUAAGUUAAGUAAACAAAACUGUAAUUCUUAAUAAAUAAAUAAAUAAAUCGGACAAGUCAAAAGAGCGCUGGAUAUUAAUCUACACAGAUUUCUCUUUUGAUAUCUGUUCAUUUGGGUGAGUAAAGUGCUCCCAUUUAUGUACAGUAAGCUUAGAUUUCCAGAUUUCCACUAAGGCUGAGUGCAGCAGCAUUAGCAUUAUUGCUAAUUGCGAGCGUGUAAUGCUAAUGCUGCUCCAGUAGUGCUAGACAGAGUUAGCAGCAGACUACAACAGUCUUUCUUGAUUAUUUCUUACCUCAGAACAGCCAAAGAGCUAGCGCGGUUAGCGGCUAAUGCUAAUGCUACUCCAGCCUUGGUGCUGGAGAACUGGAACUGAAGCUCCUGUAUAUCUCUGUACUUCAGUGGAGUGGCUUUACUGCUUUUACAAUGAUGAUUUUUGGUAAAAUUAAAAGAUUUUAAGUGCACCUUAUAGUGCGAAAAAUACGGUACACUUUAAAUUAAAGAUAAAAUUUAUUCAUUAAAGAUGUCUUAAUUUUAUACAGCUAGAUCUGCUUAUGUAUCGAUUUUAAUCAAUAGUUUUCUCUCUUACCUCUAUUCGCUUGCUUUUAAACACUGUUAUAAAAAAAAUAUCUCAAAUUUUGUUAUAUGUAUUAAUCUUAACAGGGAAACUAUGUACUGUAUGCAACUUUAUUGAUUUUUUAGAAGCUCUUAAAACUCUGAAAUAGAAUACUGCUGCCUUUAACCUGUUGAAAUUAAGUGCAAUAAAUUCCUUUUUUUUU